CGCCCUCCGCAGCUCAGAACCCGGAAGCAGCGGCGGCUUUGUUUUGUUUUGGUGGCCGGAGUUGGACGGUGGAGGUCCGACCGGGACCAGAGCUCUCUACCCGGGAAGAACCGCUCCGCUAAAUGGGUCGAACCGAACCGGGGAUGGACGAUGACGGACCGGUAGCUGCCGCCUGUGACAUGCCGAGUUUUCUCAGCAGCCUGGAGGAGGGGAGGGCGAGACUGUCCCGCAACCCGCCCGCUGAAACUUCCUCCCCGGACGGUAAAGUUGAACCGGACCGUGUCAGCGGCUCCGAGUCCCGGCUGUCGUUGGACGGAGGCGGCGGGGAACCGGAGGAGCGGAGCGGCGGGGAGCGGAGGGAUGCGGAUGGCAACAACAACAACAACUGCAACGGCGGAGGGAGACGAGCGGGGCGGAGAUACAGCGCCGUGGAGGUCCUGAGGAGGAACUUCGGGGACCCGAAGUCUCCGACGCUGCGGUUCAGCUUCAACGGUCGGAUGCAGAAGCAAGAAAGCCCCGAAGGACGCGGAGACGGCGACGGUACUGACGGUAACGCGACCGAAUGGGGAGAGUGUGAGAAGUCGGACGGAGAACCGGGCGGAGCAGGGACUAAAAACGAGCCAACCUCAGCGAGUUCUGUUGGUACCGGAGUUGAACCUCCCACCGGGUCGGACCGGAGCCGUCACCCCGAGGAGGGCGACCCCAGCUCGGACACUCUGGAGGAGUGUGUCGGUGCCAAGCAGCACGUUUACUGCACCGUCUACUGCAUCGCGGCGGACGAUGAAUUCUCACACCUCCGGCAUGAACCGGACACAGAAACGGACCCAGAGACCGGACGGGAAGGGAGUCCGAGUCCCGAACCCGUUCUGUACACUCUGGAGGACCUGGUGGACCCGUUCGGGGACUUGUCCCACCGGCUGUACUUGGAGCAGGCCGGUGCGGGGACGGCGGUGCAGAGCUGCCGGGUGUGCCUGGAGGAUAAAACCAUCGCCUCCCUGCCCUGCUGCAGAAAGGCCGUGUGUGAUGAGUGUCUGAAGCUCUACGUCAGUUCCCAGGUGCGAGUGGCCAAAGCUCUGAUCAGCUGUCCCAUCCCGGAGUGCAGCGGCAGCCUGGACGAAGCUCUGGUGGUUUCUCAUCUGGUUCCUGAGGACGUGGCCAAGUACCAGUACUUCCUGGAGCUCAGCCAGCUGGACUCCAGCACCAAACCCUGUCCUCAGUGCAGCCACUUCACCUCCCUGAAGACCCACAACCACAACCAGAACCGCUCCGAGCACAAGUACAAGAUCCAGUGUAGCAACUGCCAGUUCGUGUGGUGCUUUAAAUGCCACGCUCCCUGGCACAACGGCCUGAAAUGCCGCGACUACAGGAAAGGAGACAAGCUGCUCCGAACCUGGGCGAGCGUCAUCGAACACGGCCAGAGAAAUGCCCAGAAGUGUCCAGAGUGUAAGAUCCACAUCCAGCGAACGGAGGGCUGUGAUCACAUGACCUGUACUCAGUGUAACACCAACUUCUGUUACCGCUGUGGAGAACGAUACCGACACCUCAGGUUCUUCGGCGACCACACGUCCAACCUGAGCGUGUUCGGCUGCAAGUAUCGCUACCUGCCGGAUAAACCUCACCUGAGACGCUUCAUCAGAGGCUCCGUCUGCGCCACCAAGGUUCUGAUCGCUCCGGUGGUCCUCCUGCUGGUCGUGGUGCUCGGAGCUCUGGCACUCGUCAUAGGUUUGGUCGUCUUCCCGGUUUACUACGUCUGCAGGAGGAGGAAGAAGCAUCAGCGAACCCGAGGAUCCGGACGGUGGAUUUGACGACUAAAAGACGGAAACCUUCCUCAGGGAGCCGCAGCCGUCGCUAAACUCAGACUUUUAUUCUGGCGGGGACGUUUCAGGCGGAAACAGGAAGUGGAGCCGGGAUUAUUCCUUUUAUUAUUGCACAUCAUCCAGAUUAUUUAUGUGUCGCUGCUGCUUGGAAGGAGGUUUGAACCUGAGGACUCUUAGCAGGAAGAUUUUCUCUCUUUUUCACAACAUUCAGCUGCAGAUUUAUUCAGCAGAACAAACGCAGAAAACACACAAACUGAGUGUUGUUCGUUCCUUUUAAUCCAGAAUCAGGGGUAAAAAAUAUAUUUUCAGGAGUGGAGUUAAAAGAGUUUGAGAGUUAAAAUAAUGGAACACAAUCACUAGAAGACUAAUCUAAUAAAUAAUAAUAUUAGAAAAAAGAUGCAAAUUGCAAAUACUUUUGAGUAUAUUUUUGGUUAAAGUUCUGUUAAAUAUGGAGGCAAAGACUCCCUAAAAACUCUAAAAACCUUUAAAACCAAAGAUAAAAUCUAACAAUCAAACCUAAAAUGCUUUAAUUCUGAAUUUGAUGUUAAACAAAAACAAUAACAGCUUAUUUUUCUGCACUUCAGAGUUCAUGUUCAAGUCAAAAAACAUUAAAGAAAUGAAGAAACGGGUCACAAAUUUAGAUUAAAUGAGAUUGUGAUCUUUAAUGUGCCCAAAUUAUGUGAUCGGGACAAUUUUUUAAAUCAAUUUCUAUGAAUUUCAAUCAGUUUGGUCAAUUUUUAAGUCAUUUUAGACAAUUUUAAAAUCAAUUUGUGUGAGUUUGAAGACAUUUUGAUCAAUUUUUAGUCACUUUAAAAGAGUUUCAAGUCAGUUUUGACAAUUUUUGAAUCCUUUUUGAAUGAAUUUCAUGUCAUUUUGCUCAUUUUUUUGUCACUUUAAAUGAGUUUCAAGUCAUUUUGGACAAAUUUUGAGUCAUUUUGAAUGAAUUUCAAUCAUUUUUAAGUAAUUUUAACUGAAUUUCAAUCACUGUGGAUCAUUUCUGACUAAUUUUAAAUGAGCUUCAAGUCAUUUUAGACAAUUUUGAUUCACUUAAAAUAGUUUCCAUCAUUUUGUUAAAUUUUUGAGUCAUUUUAAAUUAAUUUUCAAUAAUUUUGGUCAAUUUUUACAUCAAUUUGGGCUUUUUGAGUCAUUUUUGAAUCACUUUAAAUUAAUUUUAGGUCAGUUUAGACAAUUUAUAAUACAAUACAAUAACUUUAUUAAUCCCCGAAGGGAAAUUCAAUAUGAGUCAUUAUGAGUCAUUUUGAAUUAAUUUCAAUAAUUUUGGUAAAUUUUUGAGUAAUUUUAAAUUAAUUUCAAUCAUUUUGGUCAAUUUUUGAGUAUUUUUUGACUAUUUUAAAUCAAUAUGUAUGAAUUUCAGGUCAUUUUUGUACAUUUUUAGUCACUUUAAAUGAGCUUGGUCAAUUUUUGAGUCAUUUUUGACAACUUUUAUUGUCAUUUUGGUCUAAUUUUGAGACAUUUUAAAAGAAUUUCAAGUCAGUUUGCUCCAUUUUAGUUUUCACUUUAAAUGAGUCAGAGUCACUUUAAACAGAUGUUGAGCGAUCAUGUACACGUCUGGAUCUUGUAAUUAAAGUCUGACUGUUUAGUUUUGAUCAAAAUGUAAAUAUAUAAGAAAAAUGAAAAAUGAGGUCUAAAUUAAAUUAAAUCAGAUUUUAUUAUCACUUUAGUCUAUUUCCUGCAACUUUAUCAACACAAAGAAGCUUUCUGGUUGCAUGAAAAUCAAGUUAGACCGUUUUUCCUCAUUUCCUAUGAAUAACUUGAGCAUAAACUCUGAGAAGAAGCCGUUAUUUGUGUGUUUGGGUCAUAAAUCAAUCAUGAAAUUACACUUUUGGGGUUCUUUAUUGGAUUUAAAAAGAACAAAUGACACUCAGAUGAGCAGAAAGUUCAGUUUACGUCACUUUAAACACAGAAUGUAGCUCAGAACACUGGUCGGGUUCCUGGAGUUUAUUUUCCAGGAAUCAUUAAAGCUGCUGGUCGAGCUGCUAGACUUUUUUUUAUUGCUAAACUGUGCUGCAGCUGGCGAGGAAACAGAAACCAAAACGGAAAGAAGCCAUGGAGAAGAAAUGAUGACUGGAUAAUGAAUAUUUCUUCAAAAAAUUUUGUUUUUGUGGAGAAUAAUGUGAAAAAAGGUGGAUAUUUGGUAAUUUUUUGGAUAAAAGUGACUCAAAUUCUUCCCAGAAGGUUUGAAAAUCUGAAUUUUUAGCCCCUUUUAGUUCCAUUUUUCAUUUUUUUCCUCUCAGCGUGCCGUUGUGGCGCUGCAUCAUGUAAAACAAAGAAGAAAAAGAGCGGCGGUGCCAAAACAAAGCGCUGAACGAGUCGGUUUGAUUGUUCUGCCGUCGACCGGAGGGUUUAUUAUUGUUGUUGUUGUUGGUUUACCAAAGAGCUAAACAGGGUUUGAUCAGCUUCAGGCUGCCGUGCACUCAGUCUGCUUGGUUUCAUUUGGAGCUUUUUAGGAUUUGAGAGAGUUUUUAACAUUUUAUUUCAACCUGCUGGUUCCAAAUAACCUCAGUUUCACUUAAAUUUUUCUGCUCAGAUCACAAAGGUCCCUGCAGUUCACCAAAUAAAACAGGUUUUUACAGUAAUUAUUUUUGAUCUUUAUCUUUAAAAAUUCUCCAAAACAGCUCCAUUUAUUAACCAGAAACUGUAAAAAAAAAAAAAGACAUAAUUUUUGGAUUUUUAACAUGUGUGGUGUUCCCCCAAAAUGUUUUGAGUCUUUUUGAACAGGUUUUUGCAUUUUGAAUCAUUUUAGAGUAAUUUGUAUGAGUUUCAAGUCAUUUUCGUCUUUUUUUAAAAGUCAUUUUAAAUGGGUUGAAGUCAUUUUGCUCAAUUUCAAAUCAAUUUGGACAUUUUUUGUCAUUUUUGAUGAGUUUCAAGUCAUUUUGGUCAUUGUAAAAGUCAUUUUAGAUGAGUUUUACAUCAUUUUUGACAAUUGUUUAGUCACUUUGAUGAGUUUCAAGUCAGUUUGGACAAUUUUUGAGUCAUUUUGGACAAUUUUUGAAUCGAUUUGUUUAAGUUUCAAGUCAUUUUAGCCAUUUUUUGAGUCAUUAUCAAUGAGUUUCAUUCAGUUUGGACAAUUUCUGAGUCAUUUGCAAUGAGUUUCAGGUCAUUCUGUAGUGUCAUCUUUAAUUAAAUUUGCUCCUUGUCAAAAAAAAACAUAACUAAAUUUAAGCCAAAAUUUUAUGAAAAUCAUUUUUUUCAUUUAAAAAAAAUCUCCAAAAUUAAACCAUUUGCACCACAUUCUGUAAUAAAAAAAAUAUCCAGGGAUGUUGAACAUUCCUGAAACUUUUCCUGUGGACUAAGAGAUGAAACAUUUAUUUUAUUAGUUUCCUGCAAAAAUCAGUUUUCUUUGUGAAGCUGCAGGAAUCUAAUGCUAAGCUAAUGCUAAGCUAAUGAACCUGAAGCGUGCAUCGUUAGCUAAAGCCACAACAGAGGAGUUAUUUAGAAACACAGCAGGUUGAAAUAAACCAGAAUCCAUUCCCUUUUUUAAGGUCUGAUUCACUGAUCCCUCCGUCCUCCUGCUGUCCUUCUUUUAUUUCUGUUUUACUGCCGCCUCGUCGUCGUUUCACCUCGUUUGUCCGUCCGGAGACGUGACCGGACUCAGAAAACCAACAUCUGAGGCACCAAAACAAAAGUGCAAGAAGCUUCUCUGAGGUUCUGGUGAUUCAGGACGGGUUUACGGAGACAUUUUAAUGCAGAAAAGAGCUCAGACCGGUACAGAAGGAACACGAUGGAGCUUAAACCUGCAGCAGGACGAACGUUAGGAGCUUCAUGCGUGUCGUUAGCUUCAUCCAGAACAUGUUCCACCAUCCUGGAGCUCAUAAACACUGACUCUGUACAUAGGAAGAUCCUCAUAUAUCCUGUUACACGCUGGUUCCAGCAGCAGAAGAAGAAAUCUCCGGGUUCGAGUCGCUCUCAGGGAGUUUAUGUUCAUCAUCAGGGCAGCGCCGGAGGUUCGCUGCUGCCUAGCAACCGGGUUUAAAACCAGGAAGUGGAAGCGGAGAUCAAAACGUCUUCGUGACGCCACAAAGACUAGAACACAUGUAUGAAACUGAAUGUGAGCUGCUUGAAAGUGUUCACAUGCAUCAUAUAGACGUGUUUUAUGUCACCGCUCUGCUGCUGCCACACUGAACUCACUUUGAUUUGACUGAUAAUCAGCUGACAGUCAAUAACGGACCGUUAUACUUCAUACUUUAACCCCCUGAACCCCAAAAAGGCGUCUUUACCUUGAAAAGUCAUCAAAAAUGGCUCCAUUUAUCAACCAGAAACCAUAAAAACUGAAAGAAUUCUUUGAUUUUUAACGUGUGGUGGUCUUUUUGGACAGGUUUUGCAAUUUUGGACCAUUUUAGAGUCAUUUGUAUGAGUUCAAUGUCAUUUUGGUCUUUUUUUUAACAGUCAUUUUAAAAUGGGUUUCAUUUCAUUUUGGUUAAUUUCAAGUCAUUUUAAAUCAAUUUCAAGUCACUUUAGCCAUUUAUUUUCUCAUUUUCAAUGACUUUUAAAUCAUCUUCCAUUUAAUUCAGCUCCUUGUCUAAAAACUUAACAAAACUCAAGCCAAAAAUCUAAAUAUUUUAUAAAAAUCAAUUUUUCAUCUAAAAAAUUCUCCAAGACUACCCACAAAACCUGCCAAUGGAUUAUAAAAUGCAUCUUUAUCUUUUAAAAAUUCUCAAAAAUGGCACCAUUUAUCAACCAGAAACUGUAAAAACUGAAAGAAUUUGAGCAUUUUUAACUUUUCCACAUCGUGUGCUAUUCCUCCAAAAUAUUUGAGUCUUUUUGGACAUGUUUUGUCAUGUUGGAUAAACUUUGAAUAAUUUUUGAGUCGCUUUAAAGAGUUUUAAGUUAUUUUAUACAAUUUUUCAGUCACUUUGACAAGUUUUAAGUCAUUUUGGUCAAUUUCAAGUCAUUUUAAAUGACUUUCAAAUCAUUUGGGCCAUUUUUUUGCCAUUUUGAAUGAGUUUAAAGUCAUUUUGGAUUGUCAUUUUUAUUUAAUUCAGCUUUUUGUCAAAAAACUAUCAAGAUAAUUCAUGAAAAUCACUGUUUUUCAUAUAAAAAUUCUCAGAAACUACCCCCAUACCUGCUAGUGGUCAAAAAAGACAACUUUGUCUAUAAAAUGGCACCAUUUACCAACCAGAAACUGUAAAAACCGAAAAAAAGAUGUCUCAUUUUCAAAUUUCCACAUCACUUGAGCUCAUCAUGAUGUGAUUUCUCCCCAAAACUUAACAAAUCUCAGCUUAAAGUCAAGCGAUUUUUAUGAAAAAUGCCUUAUUCUUUUAAAAAUUCUUCAAAAAUAAACCAUUUGCACCAGAUUGUACAAUGAAAAAACUAAAACUGUUAACUCCUCAAGCAAAAUUGUGAAGCCAUGACUCAGUUUAAAGUAGUCCUAUUUACUUUUUUAAUUAAAAUUAUCUCAAAAAUUUCUAGUUUUGCAGUUUAGUACUUAUUUCAUGCUCACUUUUAAUUGCCAAUAUCCAUGAAAAUAAAGAGAUUUUGACCAUUCUUGGAACUUUUGUGGACAAAGACAUGAAACAUUCGGUCGUUAAUUUAAUCUGUCUAUUUGUUCUAAAAUAUAUUGGGUGAAUUCUGAGUGUUAUCGAAGAGGAAAAACUGUUUUCAGGUUGAACUGCAGGCAGUGUUUCCACAGUGAACGUAUGAGACGAAGAUGGAAGUAAAUUAAAAAUAUAAUGCGUUAAAUAUUUGAAGUAUUGAUAACACUUGUGGGCUUUUGGAAAAAUAUUAAAAAUGUUGAUUUUAGUUUUUUUUCUUCCAUUUUUGUGAAGCAAAUAAUCAAAGAAAUUCAAAUUUUCUUGGUUCUUUUUGCUGUUUUGUCUUUCUGACUGCACAGAAGACAUUUCUGAGCAGAAAAUGGGCUCAGAGGGAUAAAUUAGAAGUAAAAUUUCACCAUUUU